AUGGCUCAAAACGACACUAUUAUUAUUAUGUCGUGUAACGACACUAGUUUGAAUGAGAAACUGAUGAAUAUUGAUGAGAUAACCAACCUGGACCAUCCAUUGAAUGAAACUGUAGAUGUUGGAGACCUUCAGAGCAACGAUGUCAAGAUUGAAGUAGGUGUAGUACUGAAAUUUAAGAAUUAUUAAUAAUGAACUUUUGGCCUUAUAUUGCGCUUUGUAAAUAAAAUUUCUGCUGUAUUAUGUUCUGCAAAGAAAGUUUUUGCUAUUUUAAAAGAAAAUUCUUGCCAUUUUAUGUUUUGUAAAGAAAGUUCUUGCCGUUUUAUGAUUUGUAAAGAAAGUUCUUGCCGUUUUAUGUUUUGUAAAGAAAGUUCUUGCCAUUCGAAGUUUUGUAAAGAAAGUUCCUGCCGUUUUUUAUUUUGUAAAGAAAGUUCUCACUAUUUAAUGCUAAUUUUCCCUUUUUCAGUUCCGUACCCCAGCCAACAUGAAGAACGCCAUUCGUAUCUCAAUGAGAGAACGCGACGCCAGUACUCCACAAAGCACACACAAAACGUCUAGCUUUACCACAAUUCACCUAUACCUACUGAUUAUCAUGUUCGUGCUGCUGGCUUUUUUGUUCUCUGGUUGUUAUUAUCUACUGUGA